AUGGCCUUUCAGUCACGGACUAGACUACCCGGACCAUCUCUUGGUGGACCAAAGUAUGCUACAAGCAAUCCUGGAUCCACCUCUUCAACAGACACCAAAAAUAUCCUGAUGAGGACACGCUUCAAAUUCACCAAGGACUCAGUUACUCACGACUCUCUGCUGCUCAAAAACUCAGCCUCUGAAACUCCAUUAGAGAUCGCAUGCAAAAACGGCACACUCAAGGCUGUUCGCUGGAUCAUGGAACGUCUCCCACAAACCAGGACAGAAACCCGAGAUGUUGUAGGUCAAGCCUUUGAGCUGGCUAUUCUUGGACAGAGGCUGGGUGUUUUGAGUAUUCUGCAGGAUUUGUGGCCUGCAUGGAGAAUACUGGAGAUACAAUUAGGACUGAGAAGUGUCUCACUACUCCACUUUGCUAUACAAGAGCGUAAACCAAGAGCCGCUUACGAGCUGAUUGAUCCAAUAGUCAUAACAAAAAGACAUAAAAGCGCCCCUAGGAUCUUCGAACUGGCUUGGAAAGCGCAGUUGGACGUUUAUGAUACAGAAGUCAUUCUGGACAAUCGUCAAGACGAGUUAACGAAUCGGAAUGUUGGGUUGAUCGAGAGAGUCAUGGGUUCCGCUGCAGUUGACAAUACCGAAACUCUGGAGCUUCUACUAGCCCUGGAUAUGAACGCCCUUGCAAUUCUUCGGGUUUCGAUAGAGUACUCGGUUCGUCCAGGAUCUUGUCACGAUGAAGAAGGCAGCAUGUGGGAGCAUAUUCUACAAGCCGGAUACACGUUUGAGCCUAUAGAUUUGGACUCCAUCCUGACCUUUGAUAUACCAAUCGAUGACGAAGUAACUGAUGCUGUGCCGCCGCACCUCGACAAAAGCAUACUGGACUCAUGCUUCGAGGACCGUGUACAGAUUCAAGAACUCGAAUUACAGCAAAGUCGAGUCGGACUACAGAAAGACCGAAUCAAGAAGGCAUUAAUCCGUCGAGGUGGAUGUGACUGGUCCAAGACGGCGAAAGCGUGUCAAGUUGCGUGCAUGGAAGAUUUAGAAAACCUGAUCAAGUCAGAAACAGAUAACGUAGUGUUGCAGCGCAUGCUCAACGUGAAGGACGGGAAUAAAGAUACACUUCUGAAGCGUGCGAUAAAGGGCUGCUGGCAAAGAGAAGUGAGAAGGAUUUGGGAAGGAGAAAUAUCCAAAGUGCGAAGUCUCCAAUACAUAGCGAUAAUUGAGCUUCUGUUGGAGCACGGGAGUUGCGUGGAAGAUACGGAUUUGUGGUGGGUAGCACGGGGCGCACGCUAUGAGAUGAUCCAGGUUCUGCUCAGGACUGGCGCCAACCCAACAAUCAGGAAUGAGAGCGGCAAACUACCUCGCCAGGAUGUUUAUGAUAAAGACAAAUGGGUCCAAGUGGAAAAUUUAUUACUGUUCAGAAUAAAGAAACGUGGAGAUUUUUCAAGAAUCUUGGACCUGUUGCAGCGUUGGGAGGACUAUUACAACGAUCCGCAAACCGGCAAGCCUUCUGAAAGACCAGAUGACGAUUGGAAGGCAGUGCGUGAUGACCUCGGAGAUGAGGCGACAUGGGCGUGGCUUGUCGAAAAGAACCCUGAGGGCUACAAAGUGGUUGAGAGUUGA